GUUUUAUAUCUCAAAUGUUGAGUGUUUCCUCAUAUUAAUCAUAACAUUGACUGACAUAAACCAAUACUAAUAAACAGCAGAACUGAAUAGAACCCAUUACAGUUAUAAAGCUUCAUAAUUUCUAUCAGUAUAUCAAUAAAAUUGUUUAUACAUCGAAUAUUGAUUGUUUUUUUUAAUACGAUAAAUGGUUAAUUAAGAUUUUUAACAUUUUUCUAUAAAACAAAUAAAGUUUUUUUUGUUACGGAACUAUAAUUUUGUGCGGGUUUUUAAAAUUCUUGUACCUAAAACGUUUAAAUAGUUGAUGUGUAAAAUAGCAAUAUGAGGCUUACGAGAAGAUGUUUAGGAAAUCUGGGGACCAUGACGAAGAUGUUGGACUUUUAUUCUCAGUUCAACCCUUCUCCACUUUCUAUAAAACAAUUCAUUGAUUUUGGCCUGAGUGCAUGUGAAAGAAAAUCAUUUAUCUUUUUACGAAAAGAACUUCCGGUUCGAUUAGCAAAUAUUAUGAAAGAAAUCCAUUUGCUACCAGAAAAUUUAUUAAGAACCCCUAGUGUUGGGGUUGUUAACAAUUUGUAUAUAACAUCUUUUGAAGAAAUUAUACAUUUUGAAAAAGCUGAUGUCAAUAACACAACUUUGGACAAAUUCUGUCAAGCUCUCAUCAAAAUAAGAAACAGGCAUACUGACGUAGUAGAAACUAUGGCGAGGGGUGUUUUAGAAUUGAAGGAAUCACAUGACGUAGAUGUCCAAACAGAAAACAGUAUUCAGUACUUUCUAGAUAGAUUUUUUAUGUCUAGGGUGUCGAUUCGAAUGCUUAUAAAUCAACACACGCUACUUUUUGGCGGCGAAUUAAAUGGACAUAACAGACAUGUAGGUUGUAUAGAUCCAUUAUGCGACGUUAUAGGCGUCGUAAAGGACGCAUACGAAAACGCACGAUUUUUAUGUGAUAGAUAUUAUCUAGCUAGUCCAGAGCUGAUAGUCAAACAACAUAAUGCUCUCCUUCUUACAGAACAAGAAAAUGGAAACCAAAUCAGAAUUGUGUACGUUCCAAGCCAUUUGCAUCAUAUGCUUUUUGAACUUUUUAAAAACAGCAUGAGAGCUGUUAUGGAGCACCAUGAAUCUGAAGUAUCUGAAUAUCCUCCGAUUAAAGUUACUGUUGUAAGAGGAAAAGAAGAUAUUUGUGUGAAGGUAUCUGAUCGAGGUGGAGGUAUUCCUCGCUCUCAAACGGAACAUUUAUUUAAAUACAUGUACAGUACUGCUCCUCAACCAAGUCCUUCUGAAAAUCAUACUGUUCCUCUUGCUGGAUACGGCUACGGGCUUCCAUUAUCGAGAUUGUAUGCUAGAUAUUUUCAUGGUGAUUUGAUUCUUUUAAGCUGCGAAGGAUAUGGAACAGACGCUGUUAUUUAUUUAAAGGCAUUAUCCAACGAGGCGAAUGAACUUUUGCCUAUAUUUAACAAGACGUCCUGCAAAUUUUAUAGAACCCCGGUGUCCACUGCGGAUUGGAGCAGUCAAUGUGGCGGAAGUAUGGCCACAAGACAAUUAAAUUUAAGUCAAAAUCAAGGACACAGACUUCCUCAAGGAAUACAAGUCGGCCAAUGCUAGCAGGAAUAUUUUGAAAUAGAUGAGGGGUUUAAACUCUUCAAAUAACUGUUUUGAGACUCUUCACAAAUGAAAUGGCUAUGAAAUUAUUAUUUUAUUUUUAUCGCUGCCUGAGUAAUAUUUUAUUCAGUAAUGAAAACGGUUAAUAAAAUUAUAUUUCAAAAGUUAUCAAUUCAUGUGCUCUUUUAUGUAUGAAGCUUUAAGUGUGUAUUCUAAAUUACACCAUGCAGAAUAUUAAUUCACCUUAAAUGUAAUUUUUUUUUAGUAAAAAAAAAACUUAAAAUAACAGCGCAAUGGUUACAAAAUUAUUUUAUUAAACUUAUUUUAAGUAUUUUAUGGAAGCUUCUUUAAUUUUUAAUAAAACCGACCUAACACCUGUAACAUGAAAAAUGAAUUCCACUAAAAAAAACAACUGUGAUUUGAUAAGUAAUGUUAUUUUAGCUAAUAGUCAAAUAUUUUUGUUAUUAUUAUAAGACACAAUGCGCCUGUUUAGACGACGUGGAAAUCUACAUUUUUAUGUAGGCAACAUAAUUAAUUGGUUUGUAAAGAUAUGUAAACUCCGUCUAAAAUUAUGAAUCAUGAUGUGUUAUGUUACAUUUUAUAUGAUGUAACAUAAUAUUGCAAGAAUUAGUACAAUUCAUAUCUUUGUACCAUUUUUAACUUAGGAAAAUGAAGUUUUCUUAAAAUUGGAUGUUUUAAAAAUCAAAUUGUAUUUCCUACUUUUGGUAUAAUGUAUAUUAGUCUAGUUUUUUUAAGUAUAUAUAUAUAUAUAUAUAUAUAUAUAUAUAUAUAUAUAUAUAUAUAUAUUAUCAGUCUAUGUAGCAUAUAAAUAGUAAUUUUUUUCUUUUUAUCAAACUGGAACAAUUUCAAAAGAAUAGAUAAAAAUUAAGCCCACAUAGCUCAUCAUCUAGACACAAUUUUGUACCAAUGUUUCUGUAACGUUAAUUAAAUCUGAAAACCUAAAAUGAAGCAAUAUGUUGGCUACAUGUUGUGCUACUUAGACAGUUUCUAAAACAAUAAUGAAAUGCGUUGUCUUAUGUAACUAAUAAUUCUGUUUAAUUAAAUGUUUUUUUGUCAAAUUUUUAAAAUAAAUAUAUAUGUUAUAUAUAAUGGCUCAUGAGCCUAUUUCAUGACUAUUUUGAUGUAUAAGAAAUAGGUUCACUGAAAAUAAAAUCUCAUUUAUUAAUUAAAACUUUGUAAAAAUAAAAUUUUAUUUUAUACCAA